UUCUUGUCCCGCCCCCUCCCGCUCGGUGUUUCUUCCGGUUCCGGUUACCGUUCCGUGGCCACAAGACUCCGGCGAGGCGUCGCGCGCUCCCCGCCAACCGAAGCUCCAGACGGUUCCGUUCAGCGCGAGGACGACAUGCACAUCAAGACAGGUCCGUGGGACGCCAGCAGCUCAGUGUGUGACUCCGACGGUCUGUGCGACCCGGCGGUCCUGGUGGCGUCCGCCGCCUCUCAGCCUCACAUCCGCAACCGCCGCCUGUCCCCCGGGUCGGGCGGCGGCGGUGGCGGCGGGGGCGGGGGCUGCCUGGGCGGGGGCGACCCGCAACCCCAAGAGCCGCCCUACGUCCCGGCCCACGCCCACGCCCUGGCCCAGCGCCGCGAGAAGGAGCGGCGCGGCGGCGGCGGCCUGCAGAAGGGGCGCGGCCAGCGGCGGGAGGGCCUGCGUGCGGGGGCGGGCCGCGGGGAGCGGGCCCCCCAGCGGCCCCCCAAGGAGCGCUGGGUGGAGGAGAGCCUGGCGCUGCUGCGGCCCCCGCCCGCCUUCCCCGUGCAGGACAGUCCCGCCAAGCUGCUGCCCGCCGUCAGCUACGCCUCCAAGGUGAAGGCGGGGCCGGCGGCGGCGGACGAGGAGCCGGCCGCCAUCGGCGUGCUGCUGCAGAACCAGUGGGGCCUCAGCUUCAUCAGCGAGGCCCGGCCUGCCCCGGAGGGCCCCGGCCCUGCCCCCGAAGCACAUACACCCGAGGCCCCUGUUGUCCCCGUGGCCCCUGAGGCCCCCGGCCCCACGCGGGGCCCCGCCCCACCGCUGGCAGCGGACCAGAGCUGUGAACCUGCCCCCUCCAUUACCUCCUCCGCCGUCCCCGCCGUCCUCCUCGCCCGCCCCGGUCCAGAGGAGCAGAACCAGGCCAGGAGGCUGAUGCUGAACUACCCCCACCUGGUGGACGCCCUGGAGUACCACAGCCGAGAGUGGAGAUCCAUGUGCUCCAGACAGAAAGACUCUAAGCGGGUCGUCUGGUACAAAGACACCGUGGAGCAGCCGGCCUAGCAGAGGGAGCCCGAACACACCCACAAGACGCACACGGACGCACGACACGUCUACACGGACACACGCAACACGGACACACAACACAUACACACGGACACACGCAACGCCGACACACAAACAACACACGGACACACACCACGGCCCCCCCCAGAGACGGACCCUCAGGGUGCGUGUCGCUGCUGAAGCCACACUGAGACACUUUGGAAGAGCUGCUCUGAGAAACGACUGUUUUUAUAUAGCGACCGGCGCCUGCCUUAACCCACGAGCACCUGUCUUCAAACCCCCUACCCCGAGCCCCUCCCCCCGGGACGAGUCUGACCCUGUACUGGCAGAGCAGGAGCUGUCGAUCAAUCCUGAAUCUGCCCUUUUUGUUGUUUUUUUAAAUGAGAGCUGUGGGCCCCUCCUCCCCCUUCCCCAGCGCGGAGUUGUCAAUCAUGUCUCGUCUGUUUUUACGGGGGCUGCGGUACCCUCACCUGUAACGCGUGUGGUCAAUCAAGCACUUUGUUAAAACUGGCGUUGUGUUCACAACCCCCUCCUCGUUUAUCUCUGUCCAGAAGGGGCCGUCUGGCGACAGGCUAGGGGCUGACCCCCCCGUACCCCCUCUGAGCGUGACCCCUGACCCAGUCCGGAGGUCUCGCGCGUCGUCGAGUGUGUUGACAAUUAUUUGUUUUCCUUUUUUUUUUUUGUUUUAUGAAAAAUGAGUUCUAUCAAAAUGUAAUUUACACUGGAGGAGAAAUGUCAGUAGAACAGUAUUGCUUAAUAAAAUGAUUCAACUUGA